GCAUUAUUGAAGGAUUACGUUUCCAGGUUAAACUAAUAUUUGAAUUUCCGUCUUAAUUUUCAUGAAAUUGCUAUUUCUAUGAUAAUAAAGUGAUAAGAUUUUCAUAUAAAUAGAAUUGUUGCUAAAUUACAAGUAAAAUAUCUAACAAAAUGGACAGUUUUAUGGGUGGAAAAUGUGAUGGGUCCACAGGGAUAACUGACAACUGUCAAAAUGCAUUGUCCGGAGCCUCCUCAGCUCUUUUUCUAAUGAUGAUCAAUUCCCUCUUUGGAAAAAAGUGUUCGUUUCUUAAAGAAUCCGACUUUCCACCGGAUUUGAGUUACCAACAACUGCAUGGUAGAGUAUUUGACUUUAUUGUGGUCGGUGCGGGGUCAGCAGGCGCCAUUGUUGCAAGCAGACUGAGUGAAAACCCAAAAUGGACGGUGUUGUUACUAGAAGCUGGUGGUUAUCCACCGAUUGAUGCACAAAUUCCUAGUGUUUUUAUCAAUUUACAAAGUGAUCCCUUAUACGACUGGGAAUAUUUAACAGAAAAGUCAAACACUAGUUGUUUGGGUCAACGAAAUGGCGCUUGUAUCUGGAACAGAGGAAAAAUGCUCGGGGGAUCAUCAGCUGUCAACGCAAUGAUGUACGUUCGUGGUAAUCCUGUAGACUAUGACGAAUGGGCUGAUAUCACAGAUGAUCCCACCUGGAAAUGGGAUAAUGUUCUGAGAUAUUUCAAAAAAUCAGAAAACGUUCGCUAUCCUCCUCUGAGAGAGUCAGAAGCAAGAGGAAAAGAUGGUCCAUUACACACUACGAAAUACAUUGCUGGUAAUCCAAUGCGUCCGAGGAUAAUCUCAGCCUAUGAAGAACUAGGGUACCCUAUGCAACCUGAUGAGGUACCAGUAGGGUUCUUCGAGACCACAAUGUCCAUUGAUGAAUUUGGACGUAGAGAAAGUUCAGCCAAAGCAUUCCUCACUGAUGGUAGACAUCGAAAUGACCAGGAAGAGAAAAAUCCAAACUCACCACCUAAAAGGAAGAACCUAUUCAUUGCUACCAACUUACAUGUAAUGAAGGUACUCAUCAAAGACGGCAAGGCCUAUGGGGUCAAAGCAAAAGUAAACAAAAGAACCAUUAAUAUCCUGGUUAGGAAUGAGGUUAUAAUAUCAGGUGGAUCGAUUAACUCACCACAAAUCCUACAACUAUCAGGCAUAGGCCCAAAGGAAGACCUAGAAAAGCUUAAAAUCCCUGUAGUAAAGGACUUACCAGUAGGUGGUAACCUUCAAGACCACCUUGCAACUUGGGGUUUAUUUGUCCGUGUGGACCCUAGUGCAUUACCAACUCCUACAAAUGAAGAAGAAACAAAAAACACUUUUGAUUACUUCAAUAAUGGUACAGGUCCCUUAGCAACCAUCUCAACCCUUAAUAUGCAACUAUUCAAUGACCCUCUUUCAAAUAAUCAAAACAUAGCAACAAUACAAUGGUUAGUCAAUAGUUUUCCACCAAAAAGCACAAAAUUCAAAAACUUCCUCGACAAAAAUGGUUUCCUGAAGGAAUCAAUGGAUCACCUGAUGAUUCUCAACCAAGAACAAGUCCUAAUUGCUUUUAACCCUAUUUUACUACGACCUGAAAGUAUAGGUUAUCUAAAAUUACGUUCCACAAACCCUUUUGAGAAUAUCAUGGUAUACCCUGAAUAUCUUACAGUUCAGAAAGACAUGGACACCAUGUUAGCUGCAGUUGAAUUUGUAAGGAAGGUUAUCAACACUCAAGCGUUUCGAGAGGUUAACGCAGGCUUCCAACAAUACACCUUACCAUUAUGUGAUGCAAUACAAUUCGAUACAAGUGAUUAUUGGGAGUGUCUCAUGCGCAAUGUAGGCAGUACCAUGUAUCACCCAGUGGGGACAUGCAAAAUGGCGAAAGAACAAGAUGGCGGAGUGGUUAACAGCAGAUUAAAAGUCUACGGAGUGACAGGGUUACGUGUAAUUGAUGCUAGUGUAAUGCCCAAGGUACCACGAGGUAAUACCAACGCACCCGCCAUGAUGGUAGGUGAAUUAGGUGCUGAUUUCAUCAAAGAAGACUGGGGUUAUCCCACGAAUACACCUUAGUAUAUUUUUGACGCGCAUGCGCAGUAAACUCAAAGGCGGAGCAUAAAUUCACAAAAACUUGAAUAUCUCCUAAACUAUUCAUACGAUUUAAAUUAUUUUUUCAAAUCACGAAUGUAUAAAACAUUCUUUAUGAAUGUAUGUAUAAAUAUUUAAUGUAUUUAACAAGUUUAAACAAAUUUUUUAUCUGUCUUCAUGCUCGCCUAAACCCACGUAAUUGUCUGUAAGCCAGACUGGGGUUAUCCCACAAAUACACCCUAGUAUAUUUUUGACGCGCAUGCGCAUUAAAAACAUAGGCGGAGCAUAAAUUCACAAAAACUUGAAUAUCUCCUGAACUAUUCAUACGAUUUAAAUUAUUUUUUCAAAUCUCGAAUGUAUAAAACAUUCUUUAUGAAUGUAUGUAUAAAUAUUUAAUGUAUUUAAUAUGUUUAAACAAUUUUUUUUAUCUGUCUUCAUGCUCGCCUAAACACACGUAAUUGUCUGUAACCAGUUUUUGUGAUACAAUUAUAAUCUUAGUUAAUUUCAUUUUAA